UAUCAACCAUCAAAUUCUUUACCACUUGUGCUAGAGACGGCCGGUGUUACCUUCCUCAAUUGUCAAACCCUGUCCGCGCCUUCUGAUUGCGAAUGGUGUAUCACGUGAGCCCAAAGAUCUGCUGGUGGUGGGCCCCGAGGCCCAACAGAAGAAGCACCCGAAAGUGGCUCGGCGCGACGUAACGGGCCACGACCGUUCGAUUCAAACGAGGCGGGCGCCCACCCGGUCGGUCGCGCCAUCUCGACCGUCCAUUCACGCCUCCGAAACCAACGGUCGUGAUCUGCGCUGCUCUUAGAGAGCAUCGAUGAUCGCUCCCCAACUCCCGCCGACCCGUGCGUGCACAAAUAGAAAUGCGUCUCUCUCUCCCUUUCCUCGCCGUCUCCGUCCCCUCCAACAAGCUCCGCGAAUCCUCUUUUUAGGUCAUUUUCUGUGAUUUACUUCACACUGUACAAUGGCAUCCACAGCACUCACAUCUGUUUCCAUCAGCUCCGUCAAUGCUCAAGUUGGACUGGGGGCAAAAUCAAAGCCCUUGGGCUUAAAACUUAGCAGCCCAAAAUCCUUUUCUAGUUUCAGUGGUCUAAAAGCAGCAUCUUCAAUUAACAUCGAAGCAGAGUCGUCCUUUUUAGCCAAAGAGAGUAAUGGCGCUCUCCAAGCAUCAAUUGUUCCAAAGAUCUCGCCAAAGACGAGUUUCAGAAAUCAGUUCCAGCCCAGAGCUUCAACUUUCAAAGUGGCAAUCCUUGGUGCAGCUGGUGGGAUCGGGCAACCCUUAGCUCUUUUAGUCAAAAUGUCUCCGCUCGUCUCAGCCUUGCACCUCUACGAUAUUGCAAAUGUGAAAGGAGUCGCCGCUGACCUCAGCCACUGCAACACCCCUUCCCAAGUCUUGGAUUUCACUGGUCAAUUGGAAUUAGCCAACUGUCUCAAGGGCGUGGAUGUGGUGGUCAUUCCUGCAGGCGUCCCCAGAAAGCCAGGCAUGACCCGCGAUGAUCUAUUCAAUGUAAAUGCCAACAUUGUGAAGACAUUAGUCGAGGCAGUUGCAGAUAACUGUCCCGACGCAUUUAUCCUCAUUAUCAGCAACCCAGUCAAUUCGACUGUGCCAAUAGCUGCGGAAGUGCUUAAGCAGAAGGGCGUAUACAACCCUAAGAAGCUCUUUGGCGUUACGACUCUUGAUGUUGUUAGGGCUAACACUUUCGUUGCACAGAGGAAGAAUCUCAGGCUCAUUGAUGUGGACGUCCCUGUUGUUGGCGGCCAUGCCGGAAUCACAAUCUUGCCCUUGUUAUCGAAGACCAGGCCAUUGGUGACAUUCAGUCAGGGAGAGGUUGAAGAGCUAACUGUGAGGAUACAAAAUGCUGGGACAGAGGUGGUGGAGGCAAAGGCAGGUGCGGGAUCCGCUACGCUUUCGAUGGCCUAUGCUGCAGCCCGGUUUCUGGAGUCGUCGCUUAGGGCAUUGGAUGGAGAUGGGGAUGUGUACGAAUGUUCGUAUGUUCAAUCCGAUCUGACCGAGCUGCCGUUCUUUGCUUCGAGGGUGAAGCUUGGGAGGAAAGGAGUGGAAGCUAUCAUAUCUGCCGAUCUCGAGGGGUUAACGGAGUAUGAAUCGCAGAUGCUUGAAGCAUUGAAGCCGGAGUUGAAGGCGAGUAUUGAGAAAGGAGUGGCUUUUGUGCAGAAAAAGCAAGCAGAAGCGGCUGCACCUGCUUAAGAUAGAAGUCGCCACCCAUUGGGAGGAUUUUGCACGGGAAAGAAUAAGAAUGAGCUGCUAAACUCUUUUUGCAGCUUGAAAGGUUUUUUCGAUAUCGGUUCUUUUUGGACUUUUUUUUUUCUCCCUUUUAACUUUCAGAUCGGUCUUUUCAAUCUAGGAAGGUGCGCUUAUGACGCGCUAUAGAAAACGCUGACAAAGACCAUGAAUGCCUGAGUGAUUUUGGAGGCAUGUUUUCAGAAAACAUUUGAGUCCUGUUGUAAUGUUUCGAACUUUACUAAUAACUAUUUGGUUGAUGAUUUGUUGGAAAAGAA